UUAUAAAGUUGCUGAGAUUUAUUUAAAUAUACGUGUUAGUUUACAAUUCUUACAUCAACUUACACAAUGUGUAAAUGUAAAUCAACAACAACAACAACAAAGUGGUAAUACAUCUGUUACACCAUCUGUACCAACAGAUCAUGUAGAUCAUGAACAUAAAGAUAGAUCUUCUACUGUAAUGAUCGAUGUUAAUCAAAUAUUAACAAUAUUAAAAGAACGUUAUCAAUUACUAAUCAAUAAUUAUAUUGAUUUGGAUUCACAACAAAACUUAUCAGCUGUGGCUUUAUAUCAACAAGCAUUAAUGGAUGCAUCAAAUCAAGCACAUCACAAUGAUUUUGAUGAAGUCAUCGAUCAAACUUCAUUAGUAUCAGACAUUGAAUUAAAUGAUCCAAGUAUACCUAGUCGUGACGAUAUCAAGAAACGUAGUGCAAGGAUUGUACAAGAUUGUGCUAAGAAAGAUGAUGAUCAACCAAUUAUCUUAUUACCAUUACGUGGUAAAACUUAUUAA